CACAGCGCUGGUGGGAAAAAGUCCAGCGGAUAUCAGUGAAGGCGGAUAUCAAUCCUGGAUUGCAAUCAAAAAUACAAGUCGGGGAAACUAGCGACAAGUACCUGAUCAGUACCUUGUUCUUGAUGUAAUAACAAAUCAUCACUGGGUCAAAGGUUCUAUUCUAACGGCCUACAACAUAAUAUGCAGGUGUUCAUAAUGUUAUAUAAACCCAUGCAGGGCUAAAGGGAAACGCACUCAUUUUGUGGACAGUUCGUUUUACAGAGUCGACCAAGCGACAAGCGUUUGCCGUUGAGUCUCAGAAUUCUGAUUUUCACAUAAUGAAGUUGCUCAAACUGUUCACUGUCCUCUUGACGGUAGGGCAGGCAAUCACUCUUGCCGUUUGUCACCGCCAAGGAGUCCCGGACUUUGACGUGAACGAUCCACGGGAGUCCGAUGAGCGAUUUGUGAGGAUCAGGCGUAACACCGCCCAGAGUACUGCCGAUGGCCGGCUGAUCCGCGGAAGGGGCAAGCGGUCAGCUUUCAUCGUUGACGGCACGGUGUGGUGCGGCAUCGGGGACACGGCCCAGAGCUACUCCGAAUUGGGUACCCACCGAGAGGCCGACAUGUGCUGCCGUGACCACGACCACUGCCCUGAAAAGAUCUACGCAUUCUCCCGAGCAUUUGGCCUCUUCAACUUUUAUCCCUACACCAUCAACUUGUGCAGUUGCGAUGAAAGUUUCCGACUCUGCCUUCAAGAAGCCAACACCACUGCCUCGGUCGAAGUUGGCCAGUUCUUUUUCGACGUCUUACGCCCGGCCUGCUUCAACCUCUCGGACACCCUGACCCAACGGUGCAUCCGGCGGAGCUGGUUCGGCUUCUGCCUCGAGUACGGGCGAGAGAGGACGGCGGAAGUCGGUGUGAACAAGCCCUUCGACGGCGUGGCGUACCAGCAAGUCAGAGUAGGAUUGGAAAAAUAAUGAACCGCGCUGACAGUGUGUCAAAUUACUUGCCGAGAGCGUACACACGUGUACAUUCGACUGAUCCAAGAACACUAAAUUAACACUAAACGGGGGGGGGGACGGCUCCGACACGGGUCUGUCACGAGCCUAAACCUCACACGCACAGCAUAAUCGGUGUAGUCUGAUUCACAAGCCAUCACGUAGGACUGAAAUACUUCCCAAAUAAGAAACUCCCGUUGCGUUCACAAGGAAAGGCCCUGCUACUGUGAGAGCACAGUACCGCUCAUCUGUCGUAGAAGUUUCCAGUGGAACGGGAUAAAUUUUGAUGAUAAUUUCCGUCACUAAAAUCCUCAACUAACCAGUCGACAGCAAAAGAAAAAAAGGUAUAAAGGGAAAGUACAUCUCCCUUUUAAAAAAGUGGGGAAUGCAUCGGGUAUGUUUGCUACCUCGUGGAUCCACAACUGCAUUGUUUGUGCACAGAAAGAAGGCAUACAAUUGGGUCAGUAUAAGAAAACUCAUACAAACCAAAAGUUUUUCUCUCUUCUGUGGGACAGUGCCAUGGGAAAUCAACAUAUAAAGGUAGAAUUUUUCAGGUAUUCUGAUCACGUUUUGAACUGGUAAAAAAUGACAGCUGCCGUUAUCUAUAAUUUACCGUUGGUAGAUAAAAGUAGUUCUUUUUAUUCAAACUUCAAUUUACUUUCAGGGUUACCACAAAAUACAAUGCAUUUGGUCUUAGAUGUUUACAAUGGCCCAUCACGAUGACGGGUCGAAGGGGAACCCGCAACUCAAUGAAAUUACAAGAGAUCUUAAUAUCAUUGUUUUAGAGGCAUUUUUAGGGGGGGGUACUUAUCGAUGGCAAAAAGGAAGGAACCAUCAUGAAAAAUCAAGCUUUCACUGUGCAAGAAAAAUGCAAACUUUUACCUAGUUUUCUAUACACAAAAACAACACAUGUUCACGCACCCAGAGCCACGUACGAGUGUGGGGGAGCUAGAUGGGUGGUUAUAUCCACACGAAAUAUUAUGUACAUUUUUUUAAAACCGUGGAUGCUGCUGAAUAUCUCAACACUUUCUGAGAGCUAAACUUUUUAAAAUUCCCCACUUUUUGGCUUCUGACAACAUCAACCCGCGUAAACUUCUUCAGAGGUCUCCCGGAAGUUCAACAGUUUCCCGGAUUAGCGCUUCUAAAGAACAAAAGCUUGAAGUACUGUUUUGGAAAUGACUGUAAAGGGUUUAUCCGAGGUUAGAAGUCAGCAGUAUGUCGAAGUGGGAACUUUUAUUUAGGAUUUUGGGAUUGCAAUAGGAUCCAAGGAAAAAACAGUGAUAGUUGUGGUUCAAUCAUAUUUACAAAAUGUGCAGUUUGUUUGGGGGCUUUUACUUAUAAAGGCUUGUAUGGUAUGUGGCAUUCUAGCCUAUUUCAGCAUUGUUUAGGGAUUGUGGAAAAUGUUUUUCAUUACAACAGAAAAAAACACCAAGUUUUCCCACGAGUUCAGCCACCCUCUUCUGGCAGCAGUUGAACAGUCUAAAUGACAGAUGCUGACGAAAUGGUCCGUUUGUUAUCACCGCCCUACCAGAACUAUGCGGACGGGUUUAUCCCUUGCACAUAAAAUAUGCUUGGUGAAUGAAGCAUCGACAUUGACAAGGCAAUGGAGUUGCUAGCUUCCUUAACCAAUGCAACCGCACAUUAUAGUGGUAACCUAACGAAAUCUGUCCAAUGAGGGCUCAAAUAAAUUAUGUUGCAUAUCUAGAGGACAUUAGCCCAUCAUCGUACCACGUAAUAAUACUAAGAUAAUAAAACUUAACAGAUACAAACAAGUAAAUGGUCUAAAGAACAAUCGUAUUUACAAAUUCAUUAUUUUUUUCCAUUAAUGGUUAAUUUAAUAUCAAAUAAUACACAGGUGGCUGUCAGGUUGUAUCUUUUUUUAUGUCAUAACUACAAUAAAAGAGAAAAAUACAUGUACACAAAAAUCACUCGUCAAUGAACUGGGGGUUGUGUCUACCAAAUUUGUCAAUCAUAAAAACACAUGUCGCUGACCUCUUUUUUGAAGUCUUGAGACACUGACGAAGUCUUGGUGCCGGACGUCCCUAAUGUACACCAGUCAACCUGAAAAUUAGCAGACUUUGCAAGGCCUAAUAAUUGUACAAUACGACAAAGUAACUGUAAUGCUGUGUGAAAAUUGACUGUGGACAUUGGAGUCAUUCCAAUGCCAGCCAAAGCUAUGUGGCUUCAGACUAGAGCUCAGAAUCUGUCUUGCACCAGCACUUCCUCAAACGUGUCUCCUGUUUCUACGAGGGGUACGAGGACAAAAACAACUAAAGACUACAUAAGUACUGAUUCUUAAAACCAAACAGAUGCUCAUUCAACGUUCUGGCUACACAUCUCCAACACUGCAAAAAAAAAAAAAAAAA